AUGAAUGAUUCGGAAUAUGAGAGUGAUAAAGAGGACAAGUGCAUCCCAAGAUUUAAAAAGAAAAGCGAAUGGAAUCCACCAAGGAGUAAGAACGACAAUUUAGAAUCCUUUAUAUCAUCAAUUAAAACUGAAGUAAAAUCAUCAGUCAGUGGCAAACGUUUAAGGAAUCUCUCUGAACAAGAAAGCCAGGCCAUAAAUAAUUUAAAAAGCCGUGAUGAUAUUGUUAUUAAACAAGCAGACAAAGGAAGUGCAGUUGUAGUGAUCAACAAAACCGACUACAUUGAAGAAGGGAAUCGUCAGCUUUCAAAUACAAAAUUUUACAAACAUUUAGAAAGUGAUCCUACAAAAGAAAUAAGUAAACAAAUUAAUGAGGUCCUUUCAGACAUGAACAGCAAAAAACAUAUUGAUGACGACACGUACGACUAUCUACGACCUGAUGAAACCUGCACAGCCGGUCGAUUUUACUUGCUCCCAAAACUCCAUAAAGAAGGGAUUCCGGGAAGACCGAUAGUAUCUGCAAAUGGCCAUCCAACCGAAAAAAUAUCUGAAUUCGUGGAUUACCAUCUCAGACCACAUGUUAGAACAAUGCCAUCUUACAUUCAAGAUACUACAGAUUAUUUGAAGAAAAUGGAUUCAUUAAACCCCUUACCAAACAACACAAUUUUGGUAUCGAUGGAUGUGUCUUCUUUGUACACAAAUAUUCCCAAAAAUGAAGGAAUAGUCGCUUGUGAACAGGUAUGGAACAAUCGUAAGGAUAAACAUCCCCCAACAGACUGUCUGGUUCAGUUGCUAAGACUAGUGCUUGAAAACAACAAUUUUGUAUUCAACGACCAGCACUACUUGCAGGUUGACGGUACCAAAUUUUCUGUCUAUACAAAUCCAUGUAUAAGGAAGGCGAAUUAA